AUGUUGUACCACCCUCUGACUCGGACAGACUCGGGAUCCGAAAACGAAUCUGGCGAUACAAUCGAUGUAUACUCUCAAAAAGACAGUGACCAUGAUGCUCCUCUAGCACGAUUAGUAGAUCGUUACAAGCACGCUCUAGCAUAUUCUUCUUCUGAUGAAGAAGGCAUACUGUUGUAUGAGUUAGCUCAGCGGCUACGACAUAGAGGAGAUCAAACAAAUGACGAGAUAAUGGACGACGCUGAGAACGUAGGCUCAACGUCUGAAGAAUCAGUAAUAUCGGUGAUGUUAAUUGCCGCAAUUUUCGUAUGUUUACUGACAAUAGAUGUGACGGAUAGUAACGUGGUUAAUAAGAAUGUCUUAUUUCGACCAGUGAAAAAAAUCUCACCCAGUAAUUCUCGUUGGCGUUUAACAAUAGUUCAUGAUGUGAAACCACAUGUAAAUUUUGUGGAUACACUGUCUAUUGAUAUUGCACGAACACUGUUGACGGUUGACGAAAUAAUACAGAACUAUAUGGCACAUGAAUAUGUGUUGACGCUUGAUAAAAUGAAAAUAGAAAUAGUGACAUUACGGGAUGAAAUUGAAGGACUCUUGGACGACAUUGGAGACUACAGAUCACUUUCAAAGAAUUCAAACUGGAAAAAACGUGCAUUGAUACCCUUUGUAGGCAAAGCUCUUACUUGGCUAUUUGGCACAGUUAGUAACUCCGACCUCGAAUUGAUUAGGGGUAAUAUAAACAUUUUGGCUACAAAUCAACAAGCUAUCAAACAUGUUGUGAGCGAAAGUCUGUCUGUAAUUAAUAUAUCACGUUUACACGUUGCAGCGAAUAGACAACAAAUUAAUACCUUAUCAAGUAUUUUACGAAAAUUAGACCUUAAACUACAAGGAGUUGUUAGACAAUUCCGCAAUAUUAGAGGCUGA